UCAAGAAUUAAAGAGAAGGAGCAACAUAUUCUUCUGAAUGUUACUAAGCAACACAAGCUAAAGACAUUUCUGAAAGUAUGAGUCUCACUUCUCUCCCAUCAAUUACUUCCAAGCAUCAACCAACUGUGUUUAAUUAUGAGCGACCAAAACACUUCAUACAGUCGCAGCCAAAACGUCAAGCAGAGUCAGACUCUCAAGUAGCCGCAACAGCUAAGGAUACAAGUAAAUUUGCAAAUGCAACUAUUUUAAUCCACUCUCAGAAUCAGAGUCGGGAUAAGGAAGAACCACCUCCAUUAUGUUCUUCCAUUGCCUCAGUGCCAGCUUUGUCUUUUUCAGUUAGCACACCAAUGAGGCCUGAAGUACCAGGACUGUUAGAACCUACCAAUAUUUCAUUGCAUGAAAAAACUUUUUCAGGUCGACAUUCUGAGGAUCCACAUCCUUUUCAGUGUAUAGCACCACUCUUCGGUAAAAGCAUGGACAAAACCACGAUCAUCAAUAAGAAAGCAGAUGUCCCAAAGUUCACUAUUAACUGUGCACCAAAGGCUGUGCAACAAAUGUCUGAUAAAGAUAUUCAAGGAACAAAAGAUGCACUGAUUCAAGACCUUGAAAGGAAACUGAAAUGCAAAGAUGAUAUAUUGCAUAAUGGAAAUCAACGUCUUACUUAUGAAGAAAGGAUGGCUCGCAGACUUCUUGGCCCUCAAAAUGCUGCCUCUGUCUUUGAAGAGCACGGCUUUGAAACUCAGGGUUCAAAGCAUAUGUCAGAAAGCACAAAAAACCUGGACCACCCCACAAAAACAAGGAAUCGUUCAUCAAGUGAAAAAGUUGCUGAACGUGGAUCAAUACAAGAGAAAUGUUUUCCACCAAGAUUUUUGCAAGUUCCAGAGAAUCUGGUUGUGGAUGAAGGACGUUUCUGCAGGAUAAACUUUAAAGUUACUGGUCUACCAAAUCCAGAUGUUACAUGGUAUCUAAAUGGAAAAUUGGUUCAAGCUGAUGAUUUACAUAAAAUGAUAGUUUCGGAGAAAGGAGUCCAUUCCUUUAUAUUUGAAGUAGUCCGAGCAUGCGAUGCUGGAUCAUAUGAAUGCAUAGCUACCAACUGUGCUGGACAAGCAUCAUUUAUAUUACAGCUUGAUGUAAUUGCACAGGAAUGCAGAACACCUCCUUUCUUUAUCAAGAAACCAGCAGCAACAAGAGCAUAUGAGGGAGACAAUAUUCAAAUGGAAUGCCAAGUCUGCGCAAGGCCACAACCAACUAUCUUGCUGAAAAAAAAUAAUGAGAUGCUACAGUACAAUACCGAUAGGAUAAGGCUACUUCAAGAGAGUAAUGGACAAAUAUAUCUUUUUAUCUAUAAUGUGAAGAAAAGUGAUGAUGGAUGGUAUACCAUAUCAGCUGUCAAUGAAGCUGGAGUGGCAACCUGUCACGCUCGUCUUGAUGUUUCAACUCUUCUAAAUAAACAGGUCCCAAAUGUUAAACAAAUGAGAGUUACACCAACAUUUGGCAAGUAUUCUACUUUGAAUGGAAAAGGACAGAAUAUGCAAUCAUCCAUUUCUCUGAACACAGAACUUCAGAAUUCAUUUCCAAUGUAUGCUGGACUUUUAGAAAGUGAAGAACUAUAAGCUACAUUUCACUGAACAAUGCAUUCAAAUCCAAUAUAUAUCCAAUAAUUAUAUUCAGACUAAUUAAAAAAAAUCGUAGCUUGCAAGACA